AUGACCAAAGAUCUUCGUAUUUGUGAUGAUUAUCUUCAAUUUCAAAAUCAUUUAAAAGAUUUAAGAAAAUUAGAUGAUUUAAUUAUAAAUACACUUAAUACAACAGUUCUUACAGCUACAUUUCGUUCUCAAGGUUCUGAUGCAGCCAAACAAUGUCAAAAACUUGGUGAUGAAAUUGCUUCACGUGCAACAUAUCGUAGUGAAUUAAUUUCUUCUUGUUUAUCACGUACAAAUGAUUUAAUAGCAGAAAAUGAUUCGAAUGAUAGUCAUCGUAAAGCAUUAAUAUUUCAACGACGACAAUUACAAAAUGAACGUAAUGUCGAAGAAAUUGUUCGAACAAAUACUGAGAAAGCAUUUUAUGAACGUUGUCGAGAUUUUUAUACACCUUCUAAAACUGCCUCAACAUUUUCAUCAUUGAAAUGA